AGUCUUAAUGUGUGAACGUCUUGUAACAUUUUGGGACAUGACAGAGACGACCAGACUUCAGCGAUGUCUCAGUACUUAAAACUCCUGUUAGACCUGCCUGUUGUAAUUGCUACAAUAUUUAUCGCUGGCAUAGGAGGCACGUUCCAGUAUGGAUUCUCUGUGUCUGUGUUGACUUCCCCUUCCGUUUUCAUAAUGGACUUGGUGAACGAAACGUGCGUGCAGAGGUACGGCGUCUCCUUGGAGUCGUGGCAGGUGUCUCUCAUCUUUUCCUUCAUUGUUUCCAUUUUCUGCAUCGGAGGGUUAGUGGGGUCGCUGGCGGCGAGUCCACUGGUGUCCAAAUAUGGCAGGAAAAGAUGCCUUUUGUUCAACAACUUUGUGGCUAUACUCGGAGCCUUGUUGAUGCUCCUGAGCCGAAAAGCGCUCUCCUUUGAGAUGAUCAUGGUGGCACGAAUUCUCUAUGGCAUCAAUUCAGGAGUCAGUCUCUGUGCUCACACCAUCUACCUCAUUGAAUGUGCGCCCAAGAGGCUGCGAGGAAUGGUGGGCGUCACCGUCGCUACCUUCAUCUCCUUUGGGAAGUUCUGCGGUCAGCUGCUGGGGAUCAGUGAAUUACUUGGUACAGCAGAGAGGUGGCCAUGGCUGCUCGGUUUCAACGGCUUCACGGCGUUACUUCAGCUCGCCACGCUUCCCUUCCUUCCAGAGUCUCCCAGCUUCCUGCUCCUGAACAGAGGAGAUCGUCAGGCCUGUGAGAACGCUUUGAGGAAGCUGUGGGGCAACAAGGACUACACCAGGGAGGUGGACGAGAUGAUGAAAGAGAACGUUUCCAUGCAGAACGUCAGCAGCCGCUCACUGAUGGACCUGUUUCGGGACAAAAGUAUGCGCUGGCAGCUCAUCACCAUCAUCAUUACCUUCAUUGGACUGCAGCUCUGUGGCAUCAAUGCUGUGUACUUUUACUCUUUUGAUGUGUUUCGUGCAGCAGGAAUCCAGGAGCAGCAGUUACGUUACGCUGCUUUGGGGACAGGGCUGUGUGAGGUGACUGCCUCUUUUGCUUGUGUAAGUAACAUUCUUCUUCAUUCUUCUAAGUUCUUCACCACGUUCAUCUCAAUUAGGACAUUAUCAGAUAUAUUUUAGUUUUCCCAAAAUACA